GAACACGUGAGGAGGGAGCGGAGAGGAGAGAAAGCGGAGCAAUCGAGCGGAGCGGCUGAAGGAGGGGCUGGGCUCUCUGCAUCAUUCAACUCUACUCCUCCUGACUAUCCGGGCUAACUUUAGCUACAUGUGCUGAGGUCCACUGGCGACCGAUCUCAACCGCAACCAUGCCGACAGUUACUUUACCACCGAAAGAGAACGCUCUCUUCAAGAGGAUUUUGCGAUGUUAUGAGCACAAACAGUACAGAAAUGGACUCAAAUUCUGCAAGCAAAUUCUUUCCAACCCCAAGUUUGCAGAGCAUGGAGAGACGCUGGCUAUGAAGGGCUUAACUCUGAACUGUCUGGGAAAGAAGGAAGAGGCGUACGACCUGGUCAGACGAGGCCUACGCAAUGACCUCAGGAGUCAUGUCUGCUGGCACGUAUAUGGCUUACUGCAGCGCUCCGACAAGAAGUACGACGAAGCCAUUAAGUGUUACCGUAACGCUCUGAAGUGGGACAAGGACAACUUGCAGAUUCUGCGGGACCUGUCUCUACUGCAGAUCCAGAUGAGAGACCUGGAGGGUUACAGGGAGACGCGCUACCAGCUGUUACAGCUGCGUCCAGCACAGCGGGCCUCCUGGAUUGGGUACGCCAUCGCCUACCAUCUCCUGGAAGACUACGAAAUGGCUGCAAAGAUUAUAGAAGAGUUCAGAAAAACACAGCAGACGUCUCCAGACAAAGUGGACUACGAGUACAGCGAGCUGCUGCUGUACCAGAACCAGGUGCUGAGGGAAGCAGGCCUGCACAAGGAAGCCCUGGAGCAUCUCACCAACUACGAGAAACAGAUCUGUGACAAAUUGGCAGUGGAAGAGACGAGAGGCGAGUUGUUGUUGAAGCUAGAACGUCUGGAAGAAGCCACAGAAGUUUACCAUCGACUACAGCUGAGGAACCCUGAGAACUGGUGUUACUACAGCGGCUUGGAAAAGGCUCUUAAACCCAGCAGCACAGAAGAACGGCACAAGAUUUAUGAGGAAGCCUGGGAGAAAUAUCCAAAAGGAUUGGUUCCUCGAAGGCUGCCCCUUAAUUUCUUAUCUGGUAUGAAGUUCCGAGAAUGUCUGGACAAGUACCUGAGGAUGAACUUCAGUAAAGGCUGCCCGCCCGUCUUCACCACCCUCAAAUCACUGUACAAUGACAAAGAAAAGGUGGCAAUAAUAGAGGAGUUGGUGGUCAGCUAUGAAAUUUCCUUAAAAACUUGUAGAAUGUUCAACCAGAAUGAUGACGUGAAGGAGGAGCCGCCAACCACCUUGCUCUGGGUGCAGUACUUCCUGGCACAGCACUAUGAUAUGAUUGGUCAGCAGACUCUGGCUCUGGAAUACAUCAACACGGCCAUCGAGAGUACGCCAACGCUUAUCGAGCUCUUCCUUGUCAAGGCCAAAAUUUACAAGCAUGCUGGGAACAUCCGAGAGGCGGCUCAGUGGAUGGACGAAGCCCAGGCUCUGGACACAGCCGACAGAUUCAUCAACUCCAAGUGCGCUAAGUACAUGCUGAAGGCUGGCAUGAUCAAAGAGGCCGAGGAAAUGUGCUCCAAGUUCACGCGGGAGGGGGCAUCGGCAGUGGAGAACUUGAAUGAGAUGCAGUGCAUGUGGUUCCAGACGGAGUGUGCACUCGCGUACAAAGCUAUGAACAAGUUUGGGGAAGCCCUGAAGAAGUGCCAUGAGAUUGAAAGGCAUUUUGUGGAGAUCACAGAUGACCAGUUUGACUUCCACACCUACUGUAUGAGGAAGAUGACGCUUCGUUCAUAUGUGGACCUGCUGAAGCUGGAGGAUGUUCUUCGGAUGCAUCCUUUCUACUGCAAGGCCGCCAUCACCGCCAUCCAGAUGUAUCUGAGCCUCCACGACAAUCCGCUGACUGACGACAACAAGGAGCUGCAGGCCGAUACCGCUAACCUCUCUGACAAGGAGCUGAAAAAGUUGAGGAACAAGCAGCGGAGAGCCCAGAAAAAAGCCCAGCUGGAAGAGGAGAAGAAGAAUGCAGAGAAGGAGAAGCAGCUGAAGAACCAGAAGAAGAAGAAGGAGGAUGACGACGAGGAGAUCGGAGGGCCCAAGGAGGAGCUCAUUCCCGAAAAACUGGUCAAGGUAGAAAAUCCACUGGAAGAAGCCGUCAAAUUCCUGAUGCCUCUCAAACAGCUGGUCAAAGAUAAAAUCGAGACACACCUGCUGGCGUUUGAGAUCUACUUCAGAAAAGAGAAGUACCUGUUGAUGCUGCAGUCGGUGAAAAGAGCAUUGACCAUUGAUCAGGACCAUCCGUGGCUACACCAGUGUCUAGUGCGCUUCUUUAGAGGAGUCUCUGAGAGCAAGGAUCUCCCAGAGGUGGUCCGAACUGUACUGAAGCAGGAGAUUGCCAGGCUGUUUGGAGACAGCAACGCUAAGAGUUUCAACCAGGCCUACCUCGCCAAGCACUCCAACUCCAUACCGCACCGACUGGCUGCGGCGAAGAUGAUGGUGUAUCUGGAUUCGUCGACGGAAACGAAGGCGAUGGAGCUGGCUACAGCGCUGGAUGAGUCGCUCGACAACAGAAACAUCCAGAUUUGCACAGACGUCUUGGAGAGUCUUCGGAGCGGCUUGCUGGGUGACUGCAAGGAUCGCGCCGAGUCGUAUCGCGCCGAGUGUCACAAGCUAUACCCUUACACGCUAGCUUUCAUGCCGCCAGGCUAUGAGGAGAACACAAAGAUCGCCAACGGAGACGUUUCCACGGAAAUGGAGGAGCUAGCCAAUGAGAUGUGAGCGUGACGGAUCAGCGGCGGUUUAGAAAUGGAAUUGGGCCUUGUAAGGAGCCUUGUGGUACGCUUGGCAGCCAUUUCAUGGAGCCAGAGACGAGACGCAGUAGGGAUGUUUUCAUUCUUUGGCUCGGCUUAACUGGGUCUGACCUGGCAUGACUUGGCUCGCUCCCACAUGGUGACAAACAGGACUUUGUGUGCCUGUGUGUGUGGUUGUGUAUAUUUGUGGGGAAAAGGGGGGGAAAGAGGACGAUAGACGACAACAAAAUGGCCAUUUUUACUUUUUUUUUCUUCUUCUUCUUUCUUUUUAAUAGAUGUGACAAUACGGAAUACGAAAAUAAAAAGUGAUUAUUGGCAAACUGUUGAGACGAAGAUGGACAGACACAAGUCAAUUUUCUUGGAGAUACUGAAGAACUUUAACAGCAACCACUCGAGUUUGACUUAGUGCUGCUCUGACACAUGCUUUUUUUUUUUCUUCAAACCCGUUAUUUUAAUAAAAAAAAAAAUUUCUAAGAAAAUGAGACCCAGCUGUCACUGGCUAACAGGAGACUGAGCUGAGUGGAUCUGGUUUCUCUCAGAUCUGUAGGAAGCUGAGUGGGAACAACAUAUCGAGGACCCAACGUAGACUCAGAAGGACAUCCGGCUGCAUCGGUUUCUGCUGUAUCGCUCAUCUGCACACCGCUAAACAGCACGGUGCUGAGGAGGCUGCCUCGCUGGAGCCAGACCUCAGCGGUGCUUCGCUCACGGUUCCCGGUUUACGUGGGGGAAUGUGAUCUUGUCUCGUCCUGGAGCAUCUUGUAGCACACAACUUAAAAACGAAAAACUGUCAUGUCUGUUUGCGCUCCAGUCCAAAUACACUGCUGUUUUUUUUUGUUUUUUUUACCUCGUCAACGUUUGAUAGCCAUUUAGCAAUACCACAGGCGCUUCUCCUGUACACGACGGAGCCGUGAAACGAUUUUUAGACGGACACAUGCACGGCGCCUCCUGGCCGUCACUUGUUGUCGUUGCUGUUGUGACUGUUGGAAUUGGGGUUAGUCUGCACACGUGUGGGUGUGUUGAGUCUGCCAGUCGUCAUGGAAACGAGCUUCCGCCACAUCCCAUUUCGCACGACUCGUCGCAAAAAAAAACAAAAAAAAAAAACAGGUUCCUCCACAGGUCAGAGUUCAGGAUUAGAGCCCACUGCCUGAGGUGACAGAAGUGAAAACAUCACAAGUCAAGCACCCACAAUCCUUUAGGUUUGUUUUCUCGCUUUUUUCCUUUUUAAACCCCCAUUAAUCUCUUUUCUCUCCUUUUUCCUCCAAUUUGGGUUCUAAUGUGAAAGAUGAAAUCUGAGAUGAUGUAUGAUAUCUGGAUUUUUGUAUUAAAAUUAAAAGGAAAAA